CACGUCAAUGCUUCUCGAGUUUUUGACGACUGUUAGCUUCGGCAGUGUCGGUAUCCUCAUUGACUAUAUCUACUGUCGAUGAUCCAUCAAGUACCUCGCCCAGUGUCAGCGUGCCCACGGACGUCGAGGUCUCAAAGGCCAAAUCAACAAUACUCUCAUUAAGCCACUCCAAGGAACAUAAAACGCCACGACCAAUAUAAGCAAGCUGGUGGAAUUCUUGUCUCUGACCUCUCUCUCGACUCUUGUGGUAUACCGAACGCCGUGUCCAUCCUUUUCAUCCCCCAACAUGGCGACUUCAUCGUUCUCAAACUUGCCCUCGCCAAAGCAAAUCCUUCUGUCUCCUUUCUGGACCGGACCUCUUUUGUUAUAUCUGACCAAAAUCAAUCCUGAAAUCGUCAGCAAGAUCUCUUGGCCUCCUGAGCGCUCCAUCAUCACACUUCCCUUUUCUCUUCCAUUUGGAAUUCCAAAUCAGAUUCCCAUACGUGCUGAUCCUCCCGUCAAAGCUCUCAAAGCUCUCUUUGGUCUUGGCCUUAUCCUUUAUCUGAAUCGUUUCUUCAACCGUCUGGCUCUCAACUACGGCCACUUGAAGAAACAAGGCGCACCAUGGGACUUUCAGACCGAAGGGAAAGAAACCAUUAUCAUCACUGGAGGAUGUAGCGGCUUUGGCAAGGAAAUGGUCAAACAGUUCGCGGCACAGACCAAAGCAAAGAUUCUGGUGUUGGACAUUCAAGAACUCCCGGAAGAGUUGAAGGAUAUUCCACGACUCACAUAUUAUCAAAUUGACCUCAGCUCGCCCGAGUCGAUCAAAUCUGUGAUUUCAACAGUUCUCGCCGAGCAUCGUCCGACAGUCCUCAUCAACAAUGCCGGCAUUGCUCAAGCACACACCAUCCUCGACACAACCGACGAGUUUCUCGACAAGAUCUUCCGCAUCAACGUGACAUCACACUUCACCCUGAUUCGACUCCUCCUACCGAGAUUCAUGUCUCAAACCAAAGGUCACAUUGUCACCAUUGCCAGCAUGGCCUCGUAUACGGGCACGGCCUCUCUAGCCGACUAUUCUGCCACCAAAGCCGCUGUCCUCGGCAUGCAUGAAUCACUCUUGCAAGAACUGGCUCAUCGUCACCAAGAUCAAGGUGGCCACACUAUUCAAGCGAGCAUCAUUCAUCCCCUGUGGGCAAGGACGCCGUUGAUUGGAAGCUGGGAGACCCAACUCAAUCGUUCAGGCGAGUCAGUGAUGACGGCAGAGUUUGUGGCCGCUGGUGUGGUCAAGCAGGUCUUGGGCGGUCGGAGUGGCAGCGUCUAUCUCCCUGAACAUAAUUGGAAUGUCGUCUUGAUGAGAGCCGUUCCCACUUGGCUGGCUUUUCUGGUUCAAGGAAAGGUUCAGCGUGCUACCAACAACGGUCAAGCAAAACAGUAGCUGAGAUCAAGUUGGACCAAGGAGUUUAAUAUCGCAAGCUAUUGUAGUGUAUGAACAUAUCUCCUCAUUCAACUGGGACGUUCCAAUCCAAUCUUGGAAUUAACAGGUCGGAAUAGAUGAUGGUUUGACGGUAGAAGCGAACACCCCACAACCUCCAGAGAAUUCGAUGCUAAUUCUUUGUCAUUCAAUGACACAUGAAUAUAAAAUAUAUGGCGUUGAGUCAUGCAUUAACCGCGACCAAUUCCAUCCGAC